AUGGGGAAGACCAUCACUCUUGAGGUUGAGACCUUGGAUAGCAUAGAAAAUGUAAAAGCCAAGAUCCAAGAUAAGGAAGGAAUUCCUCCUGAUCAGCAGAGGCUGAUCUUUGCUGGCAAGCACCUGGAAGAUGGAUCUACCUUGUCUGACUACAUCAUUCAAAAGGAGUCCACUAAUCAUCUUGUGUUCAGACUUGGUGUUAGUGCCAAGAAAAGGAAGAAGUCUUACAUGACUCCCAAGAAGGACGAGCAUUCGAUAAAGGUUAAACUGGUCACCCUAAAAUACUUUACGGUGGGUGAAAAUAGCAAAAUAUCAGUGUCCUCAAGGGAGUGCCCUUGA